AUGGAGAAGUCGGAAUACGGUACCGCUGACAAGGCCGUUCAGGAGAACUCCUCAAUGGAGCAGGUCCAGCAGCAGCCAUCCGUCACCUCUGGGGAGUCUGUCCACGAGAAGAAGCCGUGGUGGCACCCAGUCAUCGAGCCCGGUUCCGCCGUGCAGAUCAUCAUCGCCGCCGCUAUCGCGGUUGCCAUCGGUCUGGGGGUCAAGAGCGUCCACCCAGAUAUCCCCGAUGCAGCGACGACCAUCCUCAUCAUCCCCGGCAAUCUUUGGCUGCGGUCCCUCAAGGCUGUCGUUUUGCCCCUCAUCGUGACGGCUAUGGUUCUCGCUGUUCAGAAGCUCAAGGAAAUCUCCAAUGGCGGCGCCAAACUCGCCAAAUGGACCAUCGGCUAUUAUGUCAUUACCACCAUUGUAGCCAUUGUCCAUUCCAUCAUCAUGACAUCCCAAGUAUGGGCCCGUCUCAUGACCGUCGCCUCUGCUGAGUCCAUCGCCACGGACAGCAUGUCCGAGAAGGACCAAGAGUCGUACGAGGAGCGCAAGGACCAAGACAUCCCGGCCACCGUCACUGAGCUCUUCAACUCCUUGAUCCCAGCCAACGUCGUCGAUGCUCUCGCCUCGGACCACCUCCUCGCCGUUCUCGUCACUGCUGUCGUGGUGGGCUACCUCAUCGAUGACCGCGGCGGUCGCUCCUCUCUGAUCAAGGCGGCGCGUGAGAUCGAGACCCUCAUCAUGAUCAUCAUCACCUUUCUCAUCAAGCUUGCCCCCAUCGGCGUUUUCUUCCUCAUCCUGCCGAACAUGUUCAAGCUGGACAUCAACGACAUUGGUGUCAACCUAGGCAUCCUGAUGGGUGGCGCCAUCAGCUCAAUGUUCUUGCACCUUUUCGUCAUCCUGCCCCUCAUCUUCUUCGCCUUCACUCGCCAAAACCCUUACACUUUGUGGUUCAGCUGCUCACCCGCCUGGCUGACGGCUUGGGGUACUGCUUCAUCAGCCGCUACUCUCUCCGUCACCAUGCGCUGCUGCCGUGAGACACUCAAGAUCCCCGAGACCGUCAACAAGUUCGCCGUCCCCCUGGGUUGUCUGGUGAACAUGGACGGAACCGCCAUUUACUUCCCCAUUGUUGUCGUGUUUCUCGCUCAGACGCAGGGCCAUGUCCUCAACGCGGCGGACUACAUCAUCAUUUUGUUGCUGUCAACCCUGGCUUCUAUCGGAACUACGCCCAUCCCGAGUUCCUCUCUUGUUUUGACCGUCAUGAUUUCAUCGAGCGUCGGCAUUCCGCCCAGUGGAAUGUACGGCGUCGUCGUUGCUAUCGAUUGGUUCAUUGACCGGUUCCGUACUGCUACCAACGUCAGUGGUGAUCUUUUCGCCGCCGUCAUCGUCACCAAGAUGACCGGCAUUACUGACCCUGAUGAUGGCUCGGAGGAGGUCGUUCGGGAAUUCAGCCAGAACCAAAAUGACGAGCGUGUCUAA